AUGCCGGCACUGGUCAAUGUCUGCGCCAAAGGAGUCGUCAAAGCCGGCAAAUCAGUCUUCAAAUUCAAGGGAAAAGACUAUGAGGUCAAAGUCGACAAGCCUCUUACGAGCAAUGUCGACCAGCCAGCGUCCAGUUCACCUGCCAAAGCUUCUUAUAGGCCAAAAACUUGCAGGACGAAGAGAGUGGUAGCUAGGGACUUGAAACCUCGCAAGGACUGGAUGACACCCGCAUAUGAUCCGCCCGUUGAAAGAAUUAUACACAGAACAUGCGAUGGCGAGGGAACAAAGCAGGCCUACUACAAUUACAGCUCCAUCAUCAGCCGGCGACCUGAUCUUGCGAGUCUGACCUGCCCAUCUUACAAGUACCCUCGCCCAGCACGACCCCAAGUCGACAAAUACAACCAACAGCACCACACCGACUGGAAUAGCGGCUGGCUCCGCUCCUCAAACCUCGAAUGUCAACGCGAUGAAUACCCCGGCGCGGCGAUCUGGCAAGCCCGCGACAGCAGUGUCUGGAUCCGCCUCAUCCCCCGCACUGAAAACGCCAAAGCAUCUUAUCUCUUCGUCGGAUGCCCCGAUCAAGAAGAAGAACAGUUAGUCACAGAAAUAUCGAUCACCACGACCGACCCCGAGACGCUAGUAGACGGCCCAGGCUUCGCCCUUUUAACAAACGACCCUUGGUACACCGGCGGCAGCAAUAGAGACCAGUUUAUGCGGCACUACGCUCAGGUGCCGUCGGCGCAGUUUAUAAAUGGGAGGGUCAAUCGGCCCACGUGGGGCUGGACGAGACCGAAUGGAAACAACGGCGGUGGUAGAAAUAAUACUCCAGACCCCGACUCAGACUCCGACGACGACAUGCCCGAUGCACCAAGCGACGACGAAGACAACGACCCCACGUUCCCUGGUGGCCGCAGCGCGUUAGAUGAACUCAACGAGUUCAAGCGGUCGCCGAAUGAGCUUGUUGUUCACGAGGGGAAUUCGACGAGGGGAAUUCGACGAGGAAACCGACGGAGGAGGGAAAUGGAGGAACUGGGGUUUGCGUCGUUGCCGGUUGUGCAGGAGAUGCAGAAGGCGCCGGUGGCGGUGCAUGCGGAGGCGACACCGACGGAUGGUAGUGCGGUGAUUGAGGCGAAGGCGACGCCAGUGAGGAUGCAGGAGGCGGAUGUGUCGGUUAUUACGCCUGCGCCUAGGCAUCCGCAUUAUCGGUAUGAGUAGGUAGGGUG